CGUGACGUGAGAUCCAGAAUCGUGUGGAUAGCAGUUGACGGGGUCAUAACUGUAGACAUGAAUUUGGAGCGUGCCUUUUAUUUAUUUAGACAUUCCAUUUUAAAUAUGGAAGUAAAGAUCCUGGAUAUGAUGGGAUUCAGCAGAUUACCAGGUUUAGCACCAGGGUUGGUGAUUCAGGGUCCAACAGUGCUUCCUAAAUCAAGUGGCCCUCUUGGUGAAAAUUCAGAGGAGCCCAGCUUUCUUGAUAGCAUCUUUUGGAUGGCUGCCCCAAAAAAGAGGCGCACCAUUGAGGUGAAUCGCUGCAGAAGACGCAAUCCUCAAAAAUUAAUCAAAGUAGAGACCAACAUUGAGCUUUGCCCAGCCUGUGGAAAUCUAAAGCAAAAACAUGUCCUUUGUGGUUACUGUUAUGAAAAAGUUAAACGUGAGACGGCUGUUAUCCGACGACAGAUACAGGCACUUGAAGAGAAACCCUUAAACAGCCCCAGUGUGGAAACAGUGGUCUUAUAUGAAGGUGAGAAUCCAGAAGAGGAUGACAAAAAUAAGAGGAUUGUUGAGAGAAGUCGAAAGCGCCCUAACUGGUUUUCACGAUACUGAAUGCAAAUCAUUUCAAUAAAUUUUUUUUUUAAGAACAAUUAAGAAUAAUUUAUGUUGUAGUCUUUAUCUUGUCACCUAUAAAGUAUUGAUUAGACUACCUGUUCCUAAACCAAAAAUAGAUUUGCAAAUGAAAAACUGCAAUUUGCAGUUAGCAUUUGGUUAAAUGAUCUCAUGCUUCGUUAAAAGAAAAAAGAAAACCUGUCAAGUAAUGCACUAUAUGUGUCUUAUCUUUCAAGUGUUUGAGGUGAUCAGAGUCUUUAUAUGGAGUAGGGUUGUUUUUUGGCCACUCACUAGAGGUUAUCUGCAGAAGCUGAAUACCUGUACCUGCUGGGACUCCCCUGCUCACUCCAUUGAUUAAUGUUUUGUAAAUGCUUGUACAUACUUUCUCAAAUGUGCAGUAGACUUUUAAUAAUAACCAUAAUAAUA